AUGCCACUUCAAACACCCUUUAGACGAAAAUGUAAAAAAAAUAAAAAGCUUAAACAGAAAGCUGAGACUGCUGAUUUCAUCAAUAAAGCCUUUCUGGACCAGAAAAAGCUUUUCUUACAAAGUUCCCUAGAAGACUUGGAAGUAAGCGGAUCUGUAUCUAAGCCUAAACCUACACCUAUAGCUAAGGUGAAGAAAAAUAAAAAAGAUAAAGAUAUAGAGGAAGAGGCAAUGUACAUAAUAACGGGAUAUCAACUAACAGGACUGGUAUUAGCCAAUGUCAAUGAUAUCAUAAUAUAUGAUAUUCCUUUGACUUGGAAAAAUGUAGAGUUAUUACACCAUCUGGAAGUCUGGAAUAAAGUUAUCUUCAUUAAAGUUAUUUGGAAAAUAAAUCAACUUUGCAGACAAACAUGA